AUGCCGGCCGCUGUAUCUCUCCGCCCUCCGGACCGGACAGCCUGGAUGAAUCCUCAGCAGUGCAAUGGACGGUGCUGGCCUGGAAUGAACGGCCCGGACGACUUGAUCAUGCACGCUGCUGCCACUGUGAAAAUCGACCCUGAACGCCGUCUCUCCAACCAAUCUCUCCCGGACCCGUCCACCGACGGACCUAGCCCAGCCAAGCUUCGUCGACGAGCCUCGCAGGGCUCCCUCCGCACCAGACCUUCCACGGUUUCCCGCUUCUUGUCAAAGGGCAGCGUGGCCGUCCACUUCCCUUCCUGGGAACACCGCAGUUCCACGCCGGGCUCGCCCUUCCGUGUCGAGUCUCGAAAUCGGUCGGCAGAUUCUCGUCUUCGUCUGUCCACCACCGUGUCUCGCGGGCCGAGACCGUUGACCGGCCAUUCACACUCUUCGUCGCCUUGGAACUCGCCCUCCUCCUUCCCGGCAGACUACCCCUCUACCCUGCCUCCCACGCCGCCGGACGACGAUAGCCACGUUGCGUGGAACCCGCAGUCCGAGAUGCUGUUGUUUGAUGAGCAACCACACCGGGAACCCGGUUCUUCGGCCUUGAUGCACGAUGGUCCGGGCGUUGACACCUCCCCCACCACGGCCCCAUCAGACACUCUCAGCAGCCCGUCCGACGGACUCUCUCACGGCUCCUCCAGCUCCGGAGGAAGCCCUGGUCCACAUGACGAGAUGGACUGCCAGCAAGACGUUGGAUCAUGGUUGGAUCAGGGAAUCAACGUGACUGUAUCAUCACUGGGAAUUUCCAAUCCACGAGGAGAUGCCGUCAAAAUCGUUUCUCAGACACUCCCGUACCCGCCGACGGCCGAUCAGUCCAUAGCGCUGCCGCGAAAUGACAGCAUCUUCUGCUCCAUUGUCCAGGCCGUGCACAACCACCUCCAGCCCGGCCAGUCGCCCUACAUCAAUGUCACCCACGCGGUGCCCGAACAAUUCAGCCUCUCCAAUCUUCCUCACUCUCCCCCCAGCACUCCCCGUUCUCCGACCGCCGCAGUCGACUAUUUUAAUGCGACCCUCUUCUCCAGCGCCGCAGUCGUAGGAGCCUACCACGACUUCCGCGGCCCACUCCAACGACAACACUCCCACGCCCCAAUGCCCGUCGUCCCUCCGCACAGCGUUCACAUCUCCGUCCUCGAGCGGUACCUGCCCCCACCAUCCGCACAGGAGUACCGAGACCUCUUCUGUCCUACCCGACCUUCCUUCCUCGUGGACCGGCUCUGCGAGCUAUCACCGAACGGAGGCUCCCUCCUCUUCACCUACCCGACCAAAAAGGGUGCCUCCACCUUCAAAUCCCAAUAUUUGGGCCCUAUUCUCGACCCGUUGUUGCGUCAACUCGUCGUGGUAAAUGGGUUGUCCGCUGAUGUCGGUCGCUUUCUGGGCAAGCUGUCAACAGUAUCCCAGAUGGAUGACUUUUCAACGAUGAAAGCCAACAUCGCUGCUCUCUGCGAGUCCUUGAGCUCGCCGUCCUCGAAGUUCGAGAUCGCUGAUGCCGGCAAGGCGAGCACCCACCUGGAUCGCAGUCUCUGGGUCGAGUGGUUCAUCCACCAGGAGAAGGCUCGGAUGAAGGAGGUUCUCAGCCUUUACUGGCAGAACGGCCGCCGCGCCCCGGCCAACAAAGCCAUGUCCUCUGGAGGACCCGGUGCCAUGAUGGGCGACAAGGAAGUCUCCUCCUCCAUGUUGCUCAGCGAGAUCUUCGAUGGCAUCCGGAAACGACCGUACGGCGAGGACAGCGAGCCUCGCGACGGCGUUGAGUUGGGUGUGUUCGUGAUCCGUCGGACACACUGA